UUGGAACAAAAUGGCGGAUACUCACGAAGAAAUAGUCCCUCGAGAACCAACCUCAGCUGUGUUUUCCAGAGCGGAUUUCAUGAAAGAGUCUUUUAGUGUCGACAGUUUCGUUGGAAACUGCAAAGGAAGUGUGCCUUUGGAAGUGGUGAAAUCCAAUUUAGACGAGUAUUUGAAGGCCUUGAAACAUGCAUUGAUUGAGUUAAUCAACGAAGAUUAUGCCGACUUUGUGAACUUGUCUACAAACUUGGUUGGGAUGGAUAAAAAUAUAGCCAGCUUGUCAGUUCCUCUGGGCCAACUGAAGGAGGAAGUUUUGCUCAUUAAGUCUGACCUCGAUGGAACAAUUCAUGCAAUAGAAAACAAACUGGAUGAAAGAGCAUUGCUGAGACAAACAAAGACAUGCAUGCAACAUUUACUGAACAUCACAAAGUCACUGGAGAAGAUCGAGAGACUCUUACAAGGAUCCGGCCUCUCUCAGGAAGUGACAGCUAAAGAAUCUGAAGGGGAGGAUGACUCUCAUCUGAUUGAGAGGGUGGCCAGUGAAUUUAAUCAGUUGCAGUUUUAUGUUACUCAGAGUCAGGGGCAUCCAUUGGUGGAAAGCAUCAGAGGGCGCAUUGCUGCCAUUACAAGCACCCUUCAAAAGAAAUUGGAAGCAGCAUUUCAAGAAGGGCUCCAAACAGGAGAGUUGAAUCUUUUGUCACGUGUGCUAAGAACUUAUGCUAUUAUUGACAAGACAAGAGAUGCUGAAUUGUUGUUCAGAGAAGUUACUGUGAAGCCAUACAUGAGUGAGGUUAUUGAUGAGAAGAUGCUGACUGCAGAUCCAUCUCAGGGCCUGUACAAUGUGUACAACAAAGUUCUUGAGUUUGUCCCUAAACACUGUGCACAGAUGAUGAACAUAACAUCUGGUAGAUUUGUUGCCAGUGAUGUGGAGAUGUUUGGUGAGCAGAGAGCAGGAAUUAGAGGCUUUGAUUUCCUUGUGAAUGCUGUGUGGCCUGAAGUAGUGGGUCUCAUUGAGGCACGGUUUGGAUCAAUCUUUGCCCCUGGUAAUCCAGAUGUGUUCCAUCAGAAAUACAUGACCACCAUAUGGUUUAUCAAUAAGUUUGAGGGUCUGUGUGGUUCUAAAGUGAGUGUACAAAGACUGCGGUCACAUCCCAGCUUUACAGCUUUUAUGGCAAGAUGGAGUUUGCCAGUCUAUUUUCAAAUCAGGUUUCAAGAAAUGGUUACGAAGUUUGAGAAUUCACUCCAGUUGACACAAGACAAUGCAAAAGAUAUUCUUUCAGAUUCUACUGUAUUCUUGACAUCAGCUGUGAGUGUGUUGUGGUGGUGCAUUGAGAGGUGUUGGCAAGACUCAGUUUACAUUCAGGCCCUCUGUCACAGAUUUUGGAAGAUAACCCUACAGCUACUUUCACGUUUGUCUGUAUGGAUCAAAGAAGAUAUUUCUUCUCUCAAAGCAGUCAAUAUUAGUGAUGGAGACACAAAGCAGGGACCUGGGGAAGAGUCUACUCUGUACUUAGUUCACUUACUCAGUGAUUUAAACACUCUUCUGACAAAGGUGCCAGAGUUCUUUAGACAGGACAUAUUACCAAAGCUACGACAAACAAACAUUCAAGACACAGAGCUCCUGUCAGAGGCCAUCCUGGAGUCAUGUGGGGCCCUUCAACAGAUGGUGCCAACAUUGGAGGCUCAAAUUGUGAGCCAAGUGGUAAAUAGGGCCUCUCAGGGACUUGAAGCUGUCAAGAACAUCCCCAGGUUGUAUCGGAGGACCAAUAAAGAGGCUCCAAGCAAGUCGUCUCAAUUUGUGAGCAGUGUGCUGAAGCCUGUUCGUGAGUUCCUGGUACAGACUCAGCCUCUGAUUGAACAACAACAGCGCCAAGCGUGGGCAGCGACAAUCUUACAGACUCUGCUUGUUAAGUAUCACGCGAUUACAGGCGAUGUGCUCACGUCCAUUAAACGCACUGAAGACAGUCUGAUGCGUCUGAAGCGCUCCAGAAAACAAACGGGACCAGGGGCGAGUGGCCAAGCUGUCAAUCAAGAGAGUCAAUCACCCAUGAGUGAUGACGACAAGAUUCGUCUCCAGUUCUCUCUCGACACAGAAGAGUUUGGACGAGCGCUCAGAGAACUGGGCGUCGAGGAGAACCGAAUCCCUGCGUACACUGAGUUACUCAACACAGUAAAAGCUGCGCGUGCUUCAAACAUCACCAACAGCUGAGACCAGGAGCAAGUUUUAGGCUAAGAAGAUCUGGAUGAAAUUGCUCUUUCUUCAGCUUGAUCUCACUCUUAUCGACUUCAAAAAGGGGCCCAAAGAGAAACCAACUGUGGAAGAAACAACAGUUCCUCUAAUUCAUUCUGCCAGAGGGAGAAAUGAGAAACUCUACCAGAAGCUUGCGUGCGAACCCGGAUCAACAGAACAAUAUAGGGUUUUAAAGGUUAAUUGAUGUUCAUUAUCGGUUAUCCAUCAGAUAUCGUAGCUCGUGCAGUUUUAAAAUUGUUGGAUAUUGAGCUGUAUCCAACAUUGGUGGAAUAAGAGGCACGGCGUACAUGAUAAAAGUUUCAUCAGAAUCUGGGGGCCAUGGUAAUUGAUAACAGAACGUGUUUUGAGGGUUCACGAAGAGUAUACUUGUCUUGGUAAUGGAGCACUAAAUGGAAGUAGUAAUAUUUAUUAGGCCCAAGGACCUUAUAUUUAUGACACGUAGGAAGAGACUGAAAAUUUUUAAUCUAGGAAACUUUGAUCUUUCUCCAGUAUAAAUUCAGUACUCUUCAGAGCGGGAAGUUUAAUGUAAUUAUGGAGAAGAACAGUUUAUAGAGAUCCUUAAUUACUUAAAUUUCAACAGAAUGUGAAUAGAUUUGUAGACAAUAGCUGUGUAUUGGCUCAGGUUAGGAAUAUGACAAAUGUUAUUAAACGAGGGCUUAAGUGGAA